AUCCCAGUAAAUUCAGAAGAUCAGAACUGCCUCUUCCACGCUGUUGCUCAGGCCACCUGCAAAAAUCCAGGUGAUGUAGGAAAAGAGGCACAGAUCCUUCGGGGGGAGGUCAGAAACACAGUAAGUCUUUAUUGCUGAGUUAAAGUAUUACUGUUAGUAUUAAUAUGGUGUCUGUGUUCUCUUUUUCCUCAAUUUAAUGACCAAGAAUCGCCCAAACAGAAGGAUCUGAUCAUAGCGUGAAGCA